AUGGCUUUCCGUGCUGUCACUAGAAGAGCCGCCUUUGCCCGCCCCGCCGUCGCGGCGCGUGCAUUUCACUCGACCCCCCGGGCCUUCGUCCGUGUGGGCGAUGAGAUUCCCGACCUCAAUGUUCUUGUCGAGGACUCGCCCGCCAACAAGGUCAACCUCGCCGACGAGUUCAAGUCGGCUAAUGGCCUGAUCAUUGGCGUGCCCGCUGCCUUCUCGGGCACUUGCUCGGCGAGCCAUGUGCCCUCGUACAUCAACCACCCCAAGCUCAAGGAAGCGGGCUCGGUGUUCGUCGUCUCGGUCAACGACCCCUUUGUGUGGGUGCUUCCUCUCUCUGCCGCGAAACGGAAUGAUUUGCAGCUGACCUCGAGAAGCAUGAAGGCGUGGGCCGACCAGAUGGACCCGGCACAGCAGACGGGAAUUCGAUUCCUCGGCGACCCGACGGCCGAGUUCACCAAGGCGUUGGACCUUGGCUGGGAUGGCUCGGCCAUCUUCGGCGGCAUCCGCAGCAAACGUUACGCGCUGGUCGUUGAGAACGGCACGGUCAAGUCGGCUCACGUUGAGCCUGACAACACGGGCACGGCUGUCUCGAUGGCUGACAAGGUGCUUGGCUAA